GGUAUAUAUGACUGUAUGAGUACGAAAUUUCCAGGCUUAAAACUUUUACAUUAAGAUAAUGUUCCUACAUGUUAUAGCUAGUCUCACUUAGAAACUUCCCCAGGCAUUAUCUUCCUAACAAAAAACUCCCUCUUUUUCUUCCCUCCAAAGUUUUCUUUUUGGUUCUUACCUUUUUCUCUCACAUACUUCAACUGAACCAAUAAGAGGAAAUGUAUUCUUCAUCUGAUGGGGAUGGAAAAUAUGGUCCACAGGGAUAUCCACGUCCAUUGAACAUGGCUCCUAGACAACCUUACCCUACUUCAUAUAUCCCCUCCGCAACACCUUGGUCUACAGGCCUUUGCCAUUGUUUUGAUGACCCAGCAAACUGUUUGAUUACUUGUAUAUGCCCAUGCAUCACCUUUGGACAGAUUGCAGAGAUAGUGAAUAAGGGAUCUGUUUCAUGUGCGGCAAGUGGUUCACUUUAUGGGCUACUACUGGGUCUCACUGCCUUACCAUGCUUGUACUCGUGUUUUUACCGAUCGAGGUUGAGAGGGCAAUAUGACUUGGCGGAGGACCCCUGUGUGGAUUGCUUGGUUCACUUCUGCUGUGAAACUUGUGCACUUUGUCAGGAAUAUAGAGAGCUUAGGAGCCGUGGUUUUGAUAUGGGAAUAGGUUGGCAAGCAAACAUGGAAAGACAGAGCCGCGGCGUCACGUUACCUCCAGUUGUUGGUGGCAUGACCAGAUGAAGUUUCAAAUGCUCUAGUCAUUCUUAAUCCACACUAUCAUUCCUUGUAUUGCUGUGUUUUGCAUAGUCUUUUGUGUCUGCAUUCUGCAUUAUGCUUGCUUUGUUGUUGACUACUUGUUAAGUUGUAAUUGUUUCAAUGAAGGCACAACUUUUAUUUUA